GAAGAGACGACGAGGCGCAGAAAUCGCCUCUCCCAUGUCGUUUCUCUCUUUCUCGCCUCUGCUGUGCCGCAGCAACAGAAGAAGCGAACAAACAGCAAAGAGAAAAAGGCAACCUUCCUUGGAUGAGGUAUGAAGCGGUUGCUGUCCUCCUUGACUUGUGUCAGCGACUCCGCCUUCUGCUCUCGCACUUCUCGGCAUUCUCGUUCGGCCUACUCCUUUGGUUUUUGUCGUGCUUCUUGCUAUUUCUUGUGGAGGUCUUUUGGAUCGCAGCUGAAACCGCCUUCAUUCUUGAUUUAUAGAAGACGAGUUGUUCUUAGGUUUUGCGAUAGGAAAGUUAGAGAGAGAGAGAGAGGGCAGUCGAUACGAGGAGGAGCGUAUAGAGUGAGGAAAUUGACGAUGAUUCCCCGUUCCGCGGCAACAGGGAAAUGGACGUGGGUGUGAUAAAGUUCCCUUUAGAUCGGAGUUAGGGAUUGAGAUCGUUGCCGUAGAUGAGCUGUUUUCCUUGUUUCAACCUUCGCCGGAGGGAGAGGAGUUGCAGGUUAGAGGGCACCGCCGGCGCACCCAACUCCAGAUUCCUUGGCGAUUCCUCGGAGCGUGGGAGCGAGGUGUCAUCGCUUGGAAAGGAGAUGAUGAACUGUGCCCGAAGAUUUGCUUUCCGAGAGCUCGCCACCGCUGCCCAGAACUUUAAAGAAGCCAAUUUGAUCGGAGAAGGGGGCUUCGGAAGAGUUUACAUAGGCCAGUUGGAUUGUAGCCAGGUGGUAGCUAUUAAGCAGCUAAACCGGGAUGGGCUUCAGGGAAACAAAGAGUUUCUGGUGGAGGUGCUCAUGCUGAUCAUGCUACGGCAUGAGAAUCUUGUGAGCUUAAUUGGAUACUGUGCUGAUGGAGACGAGAGGCUCUUAGUUUAUGAGUAUAUGCCAAAGGGCAGUUUGGAAGACCACCUGUUUGAUCCUUCUCUGAGCAAACCACCCCUGGAAUGGAACACACGAAUAAAGAUUGCUGUUGGUGUUGCCAAAGGGCUUACAUAUCUACAUGAUGUUGCAAAUCCUCCUGUUAUUUACCGGGACAUGAAGGCUGCAAAUGUAUUGUUAGACGAUGACUUCAAUCCAAAACUUUCUGAUUUUGGACUCGCAAAACUUGGGCCUGAUGGCGACAACACACAUGUCUCGACAAGGGUGAUGGGAACAUAUGGCUAUUGUGCUCCUGACUAUGCGUUGAGUGGCAAGUUGACAAUGAAGUCUGACGUAUAUAGUUUUGGUGUGCUUCUGUUGGAGCUGAUCACUGGGCAAAGGGCUUUUGAUUCUUCAAGGAUUGGAGGCGAGCAAUAUCUAACAAAUUGGUCAAGACCUUUUCUCAGUGAUAGAAGGAAGUUCAACCUGUUGGCUGAUCCAUUUCUUCAAGGCCGCUUCCCACAACGGGCCUCUCACCAAUUGGUUGUCAUUGCCUCAAUGUGUCUUCAAGAGCAGCCCCAUUUUCGACCCAUCAUGGCUGAUGUGGUUGUUGCCCUUAAUCAUGUGGCAUCUCAGCCAUAUAUUCCUGAGCCUGAUUCCAAGAUCAAGACCUCUCCAUCACCGCCCCCAGGGGAGGUUACUGGUACACCAUCUUGAGGGUGUAAAGGAAGAAGAGGUUCAAGGUAUUUAUACAUAUGAGCCCCCAAGUCUGAAAACGGCCGUGUAGCAUAUUUACAGUUUCAACUCAAUGCGAUGUAGAAGAUGGUGAUUGAAAAAAAAAAAAAAAAUCAGAUGUUGUGCAGUGCCUAUUAAAUUAUAUGCUUGUGGAGAUGCGUUACACUGUUCUAUACCAAAAAUAUUGUCAUCAUAUAUUCAGAGUCUAGUUACGAUGGGCAAAGGAGGAUGUACCUGACAAAGCGGUUGAGGGCUUUACUGGAGGAACCAGCAGUGAGCAAGCAGAUGAUUAAUGUUGAGAAUAUCUAUGAAUACCUGGAACUAUGUGGACUUAAGGAAUUCGAUUUGUUUAUUCAAGGUGAAUUCUCGUGGCAUCAUUUUGAGGAAUGAAACAACCUGGAGAUUAGAACUUGAUACCGUCGAUGGAUAGAGAUUGAGCUCAAUCACAUUGAAAUUUCACACUCUGCUCUAAUUUCUCAGCGACCAUAUAUUUCAAAAUCUCAGUGAUGUUAUGUUUGUUUUCUCAAAGAUUUGGGGACUCGUCUAUUGAAUAAGAAGAAACAAUAUCUGAUCAUGCGUUUCAUCUUG